UUAAUAUUUAAUGAUAAUUGUUCAUUAAAAAAAUUUAAAUAUGUUAAUUAUAUUGAAAUUUCACGUAUUGAUUUUUUGAAAAAAUUAUCAAAUUUAAAUUUAUCAUUAAUUAAUACAUUUGAAUUUCUUGGACAUGGAUAUUCAAAAGAAAUGUAUUCUAAUAUUUUACCAAAAUUAUUUAAUCAAAUGUCAAAAACUUCAAGAAAUAUUAAACAUUUAUCAUUAUAUUUUCCAAAGACAAUGUCAACAAAGACGAUGACGACAACGACGACAACUCCUACGACGUCUUCGACGACGACUUUGACCAAUUCGACAACAUCAUCGACAACAAUGUCAACAACUUUUAAUUAUUAUAUGAUUGAUAAUAAUAAUUUAAUUUCAAUCACAGAAAAUUCUGAUAAUUCAACAGAUUUGGAUCUUUCUAUAAUUAAUCUUAUUAAAUCACAAAAUUCUUUGGAAAGUUUUAGUACAAACGAAUUUUGGAUGAAAUGUUCUACUGAAAUGAUUUUUAAUUCAUUAAUUUCUCAUUCAAAUUCUUUAAAAUUUAUUAAAUUUUUUACUUUAAUAAAUUUUAACCAAUCAUUUUUUAAAUUUAUUAAACAAAUUCAUUCAUUACGUACCUUGGAAUUUAAAAGAUUCCUUUUUUUUGAACAAUUCGAUUCAACUUUAUCAAAUAUGAUAAUUCCACAAAAUUAUUUGUCUCAAGUACAAAAUAUUUAUCUUGAAGAAAGAGAUAUUCCUUAUAGAUUAAUUGAUACUAUUAUUCGAAUUACCAAUCAUUCUUUAAAAAAAUUUUAUUCUAGAAGAAUCAAUCCUAUAAUUUUAUCUAGUAUUAAAUCAUUUUGUCCAAAUAUAACUCAUCUUCAUAUUUCAUUGGAAAAAUAUUCUGAUCUUUUAUUAAAUAUUAUUAAAAAUUUACCUUUAAUUUCUUUAUAUUUACAAGUUAGAUAUAUUUCUUUAUCUUUAAAAUCUUGUUUACCUAAUAGUUUAAAAUUUUUUGGUUUAGAUAGUGAAAUUGAUCAAGUUGAAUUGGAAGAUUUAUUAAAUAAUUCUCAUUUAUCAAAUUUAUUAAUAAUGGAAUUAUUAAAUAUAUCGGAUAUUAAUGAAAAUUUUAGAAAUAUUUUUAUUAAAUUUAAUGAAAAAUUUAAUUAUACAUUAAAAGAAUUAAGAUUGGAAAAAUCUUUAUUAAAAGAAUUCAUUUUAUUGGAUAAAAAGGAAUUAUGGAAUUCGAGAACUUUUAAAAUAAAUGAAGUUAAAAAUUUUAAAUAUACUGCCUAUGAAGAAAUAUUCGGGUCUCCAUAUUACAAAUAUACGUAACGUUAUAUCCUUUUUUUUUUUUUUUUUUUUUUUUCCUCAAUUAUAUCAAAUAGUUACACAUAUAUUAUUUGUAAUUACUGUACAUUCAUAAACAUUUUACGUCAAUAAAAAAUACGUGAAUUACGUGAAUUAAUACGGUAUUUUAAUUUAUAACACUAAAUCGUAACGCUUUUUACACACAAUCUUUUACGCACACUUUUACGCAC